GCGCUCGGGGGGCCCGCCAUCGAAGUUAUUGAAAUUCGAAGCACAGGGAAGGUGUUCCUGGCACCCCAGUGCUUCCUGUGUCUACACCAUCUCAGAGAUCAGAAUUCUGACGAUCGGCAACAAGCAAGAAGCUGGUGGUAUCCAGCAGCACAUACAUGAUCCUGUGACGUGCAAUGCGAAAGGCUGGCCUACCAACAGUCAAGCGUACCAUCCUGCAUCUUGCUAAAGGGUACCUGAGGGACCUGGUGGUGGCGAUGGCGAUAGGGAGCACGCCGGAGGCGACAAUGUGGGUGGCGAUGGCGACACGGGAGACGCUGCGCACUUGGCUAUGCCGAGUACGUCACGGACGUCUCAUUCGCCGAUGUGUUCGUGGAGGCGAAGCGGGUGGCCGACUUCAUGGCGUCGUACCUGUGUCAGGCUGGCUUCCCAACCACCAGCAUCCACGGCGACCGGCUGCAGCGCGAGCGCGAGGAGGCGCUAGCUGACUUCACGUACAGCAAGACGUCGACGCUGAUCGCCACGUCGGUGGCCUCGCGCGGCCUCGACAUGAGGGGCGUGGCCAGCGUGGUCAAUUACGACCUGCCGAAGGCCAUCGACGACUGCGUGCACCGGAUCGGCCGCGUGGGCAACACCGGCAGCGCCAUCAGUUUCUAUGACAGCGCGCUGGCCGCCGACCUGGUGAAGAUUCUGGCCGGCGCCGAGCAGGAUGUGCCCGACUUCCUGCAGCGCGACGCCGGCAGCGCCGACUUCGGCGGCGCUGCCGGCGGCUCGUACGCGUCGCGCGACAUCCGGCGCGGGUUGAGUCUGGCCUGUGCGGCAGGGACGUGACUGGCGCGGGGUGGCGGGAGGAACGCACCGACAGGGUGCAUUCAUGGUACUCGUGGCGAGCAACAUUGCGACAUUGUGCAAUAUCUCUGCUUAUUUCAGUUACUCCUUACCCAGGAUAAUUAUUAAGUGGAACGGCGGCCGCUAGAUGAUCAGACGAGAGAAACGACUUGUGUGCGGAAGCCAAGUUCUACCCAAUUUCAAUUCUACUCCCAUGAAAUCAUUUGAUGCCCCAGAAUUGGCAACGUUGCCGAUAAGGUAACGUACGUUUCCUACACUGCAACGGAAACUACGUUGCAGUAUCGUCCUGACGAGGAAGCUCUGACUGUCAGUUUGGGGCACGCGAGUGUUCACGCAUGGAUUUCGCCGAUGUGCUCCAGCCGUGUUGUCUCGUGUUGAUUUGUGUGAACUCGCCAGCCUGGUGAAGUGGUGUGAUCGGCUCAGGUCACGGUGCGUCCGGCCGGUGACGCCCGGCAUCUGACUGACUGUUGGCCCGUGCGCCCCCAGUUCGGCGGCGUCGCCGGUUGCAUGGGCGGCGUGACGGCCGGCUACAACCAGCAGCCGGCCACCAUGGAGGCAGGGGAGGGCUGGGACUAGCGCCCGGGCCGGCCCGACUCGGCGCCGCCCCACCGUGCCCCGUGCCGUGCCGUGUCGUGGCGGCUGUAGAUAGCGUUUCCGUUGUGUUAGCCGGUUAGCCGGCGACCGGCGUCCGCGCCUGGUGGGAGCACCGGGGUGGCGACGUUGCGCACCGGUAGCGCGAAGACGGCACACCGCAUUUUGUGACUGGCGGCAUUCCAUGAGGAAGCUUGGCUUCGUGCCCGUAUUCUGUGGCGGAGCAGGCGGGGGCGGGACCAGUCGACAGAGAGAGAGAGAGAGAGAGAGAGAGAGAG